CGACUAUAUUUUACUCCAUGGUUCAGGGCAAGAAAAGUUUGCAGGUUAUGUGUUUUGUUUUCAAUUUGUUUUCCUCGCCUCGCCUCUUGUGUUUUCAGUACUCGCUAAAAACAAUAAGUUUCCCCCGGAUCAUAGUGAAAUAAAAUUGUAGAAUGGAUUUUUUAUCUUUAACCUUGACGCAAUCUAUUAAAUUUACACAUCUUUGGUGACCCUGUAGCUUAACAUGGCCUGUAAUUUAGGUUUCCGAAUUGGACUCCUCCUGGAUCAGUUUUUCUCAGAUCGUCGAAAGAAGUGCUAUUAUUUUAUAAACACUGAUAAAGUCAAUACCAUUUCGGAGCUAAAAGAAACUCUGACGUUCAAAUUUGAUUUACCAUCGGAUGUCCAGUUGAUGCACAAUGGAUUCCUAUUGCUGGAUGAAGACACAGUGUUCGUUAUUCGCCAAGACGAAACCAUCGAAGUUGUUCCUUGCUCUCCGCUGCAGGAGAAAAGUUUCUUGAAAGAAAGAACUGAAGAUACCUCCUCGCCAUCAAAACGAGAACCACAUUGUAGUCGAGCCCAGGUAAAAAGCACAAAUGAAAAAAUUCCAAGCUCAAAAGACAAAAUCACGGGACCACACUCCCUCCAGACAAAUUCUGAUGAAAGUUCAAGUGGAGAGAAAGUUAAAAAGAAGAAAAAGAAAAAACGAAACCGAAGUCCUGAAAAUCUUCAUGUUUUAGAAAACUCUGUUGAUGAUGCAAGUGGAAUGGACUACCACUCAACACCUCUUAACUUUGUUCAAGCUAGCAACAAGUAUUACCAAAUCGAAAAGGCUGAAUCUCCUAGUUCUUCCUCCAAUUUUAUCAAAGACUCAGUGAAAACUCCUAUUCUAAGUGAGAGUAAACAUGUAUUCGAUGAUGAAAGUGAAGUACAAAAUCUUGCUUUGGAAAGUGCCAAUCCUCUUUCAAAUUCUUUGAAUCAUGUAGAUUCUAAUAGGAGUAAUAAAAGAAAGUGGAAAAAUGAAAGUAAUAGACUGAGAUAUUCGGGUGUAGCAGAACUUAUAAAACAAAUUCAGACUAGCACUAGUUCAAAAGUAGAAACUGAAGAACCUACCAUUGAUACCGUAAUCGAUGAUUCAAGCCCCAAAGCAAAGAGGAAAAGAACUCGCCGUCAUAGAAAAAGGAAAACGAAAUCAAACGAUAACUCCUUCAAUACCAGCAAUAUGGCUCCAAUUUCCACAGAAAAUGGCUCCACUGAAGAUUUUGAAGAGUUGCAAAGCAAACCUCGUCUCCACAAGAGGUUUGACAGUCAUGAAGAUGUCAGCUUGAACUUCGAUACGCAUCAAAAUGCUAUUGCAACUACCGCAGCCUCGCACGAAAUUAAUUCACACUCAAGAUUAUGCAGUCAAAUUUCACCUCUAACCCCACCGUCUGAGCACAAUUCUGAAGAUGAUGUUUACAAGAAGUUACUUAACUUGAAAAAAAUGAAUAAACCAGUAGUGUUUGAACGAGUCCUGAAAGGCGAUGUGCGCAACAUUCAAGAUGAAGAAAAACCUUUGCUCACAUCUGAAGAAGUUGAUGCUGUUCCUUCAAAUAGUGAAAAGAACGCCAAUGAAGAUCAAAUGGAAAUAAUUUAUCAAGAUACCAAUGAAGCAGUAUUGCCAUUAAAAGUUGUAUCAAACUCAAGUAGCAACGAUGAAGCUGAAACUUUUAUUGGUACUGAAAAUCAAAGGAGUGAAAUUGAUAGUUCCAAAAAAGAGCCCUGCCCUGUACAUAUUAAGAAGACUAUUUGUGAUAAUAACUUAGAAAAAAUUGAUAUCAGCAACUAUCCUAUCAUUGAAAGUACUCGGAAAAAUGACAUUUUAGUAUUCAAGACCCUGAAGUUAAGUGCCAGUCUCUCUCCUACACUGUCUAAUUUAAUCCUUGCCCGUGUUUUGGAUACUUAUCCAGGAACUUUAAUCUUAUUUGAAAUCUUAGGGGGUGAAGAAGAACUAGAUUUCACUACAGAUGGAUCCCUCAUGGAAGAGCAUAAAACCCCAAAUCCCUUGAUCAAAUUGAAUUGGACUGACUUAUACGAGCCACGCCUUCUUUAUCCAUGAGAUUGUCUAGCAAUAAUGAAUUCUUCAGUCUUCAUUUGUAUGCUGUUAUACUGAUAGCUUCUGCCUAGAAAUGUAAGCUCUAUUUUGGUGCCAACAGAGUUUAUAGAGAUGGUGCUCAGGAACUGCAAAUGUUCUCUUUUAUGGAGACCUCAUUCCAGCUGUAGGCUACUCAAUUAAGACUGGAGGUAGCUCCAUGUUUUUGAUCCGCCUACCUACUAUAGAAAGAAAAGAUAUUUUGCUACUUUUUUUAUUACUGCAAGUUGAUAUACCUAUGGUCAUUCGUGCAAUGGACCACUAGAAAACCACUUACAUAUAAAGCUAAGCAUUCUGAUACUUGUUAGCUAAACAAAAUAUACUUGUUAGCUAAACAAAAUUUCAUGUAGAACACGAAUUAGUUGAAAGCAAUUGCUAAAAUGGAUUCCUAUUCAAGACAUCUAAUGAUUCUGUAUGCAUAAAUUCAAACUCCCUUCUUAUGAAAAAACAUAAUUCAAAACUAGUCAAAUCGUGCAUUAAAUGUUCCCGCAACAGUCUCUGCGGCAUCAUAAUAUGACAACCUUGGCGGUUCGGCUCAGCUGUUUCACAUCAUUCACACUUUGAAGAACACUGCUUGAUUAAGGAGCCUAUGACACCGUUGUAUUGCGCAAUUUCAUACAAAGUUUUCUUUCCUUGUGAGCAGGCAAUUCAAAUUUCCUGCUAGUAAUGCUGACUGAAAACGUUAACAUCUUGAUUGGAAGUAAAUGUAAGCAAUUUACUUUACCCGAAUAAAAUUCUGUGUGAAAUUUUGAUCAAGGAUCAUGUACCAGAAUGCUGUAAUUUGUACCUUGUAUGGUAGUCCAUUGUAACAAAUCAGUCCUCACCCAACAUGUACAGGAUGGAAAACCCACAGAAUUUUAGGAUGCAGACAGUGAAGCAUUGUAAAAAUACUCAAGAGUUUUUUAGAAUUCUCAAUUUGUUAUUGGUCGCCAUAGAACAAGCCUAUAACACUUGCAAUUUAAAAAAAAUAGUGAUGACUCAUUAUACAGCUGACUAAAGUCAAUUCAUCAAAGUUGCUUCAUACAUGAAAUGCAACAAUCUCAAAAUAUUGUACUACAUCGCAUUCUCUCAUUACAAACUAAAAGGUUCAAAAAGCUUGUCCAUCAAAAAAUCUUGGAAAUUUUAAUUUAUUAAAUUUAAGAGUUUAAAUGUGUUUCCAUAUGAAUGCUGUAAUGCCCCUGAUUAAUUCUUUUAUUUCUUUGAUAAUCCUAGCCGCAUACUUAUUUUGACCUCAAAUUUUUAUAUACUUACAGGUACGCAAACAUCUUUUUUGUUUUUGUUACUGAAAUAAAAAAUUUUUGAGAA